GACGACUGACUCGGGGGCCGACACAGCUCCCAAAGCGACCGUCCUCGCCACGUCAUCGCCCCCUCUUCUCUCUGAGGACGGAGCCCGCACCUCCCCUUGCACCCCACCCCUCCCUUCCGCCGCCAUGGGCCGCAGCGCGCCGCCGUCGACGAGCUCGCCGGAGCUGCGGCGGAAGCGCACGGCGGCGCCGCCCCCGGAGCCCCCGACGCCGCGCCGCUUCUGCUCCAUGGACGACGUCAUGCGCCGCUCGCGCCCCGUCGACGCGCCGCCCCCCGUCGCCCGCGCGCGCGAGGCCAUCUACGACGCCGUCCUCUGCGACACAUGCGGCUCCGGCGACCGCGACGACGAGCUGCUCCUCUGCGACCGCUGCGACCGAGGACGCCACACCUUCUGCCUCCGCCCCAUCGCCGCCAAGGUCCCCAUCGGCCCAUGGUUCUGCCCCGACUGCGCCCCGCCCGCCAAGCCCGUCAAAAGGUUUCCGAUGAAGCAGACCAAGAUCGUCGAUUUCUUCCGGAUUCAGAAGGAUGACCAGGAUGACGUGCCCGGGAAAUGUAGGCUCUCCCAAGAUGUUAGAAAGCGAAGGAAGCGCUCUGUCGUCAUGCACAAGAAGAGGAGGAGGAUACUGCCAUUUGUCCCAACUGAAGAUAGAGCUAGAAGACUCAAACAAAUGGCUUCUCUGGCCACUGCUUUGACAUCUUCGAAAACGGAAUUCAGUAAUGAGUUGACAUACAUGCCUAAUAUGGCUCCUAGAUCUUCAAAUCAGGCAAGAUUGGAGGAAGGUGGUAUGCAGAUUCUUCCCAAAGAGGAUAAAGAAACCAUAGAGCUAUGCAGAACCAUGCAACAACGAGGCGAAUGCCCUCCACUUCUUGUGGUAUUCGAUUCCUGUGAAGGUUUCACUGUGCAGGCUGAUGCUGAUAUUAAGGAUAUGACCUUCAUCACUGAAUAUGCUGGGGAUGUUGAUUAUCUGGAGAACAGGGCAAGCGAUGAUUGCGACUGUAUUAUGACACUCCUUUUGACAGAAGUUCCUUCUCAGAGGCUGGUCAUUUGCCCUGACAAACGUGGAAACGUUUCUCGCUUUAUUAGCGGCAUCAAUAACUACACACCGGAUGGCAAGAAGAAGCAGAAUGUCAAAUGUGUGCGGUAUGACAUUGAUGGCGAGAGCCAUGUAUUGUUGGUGGCCUGCCGCGAUAUAGCUUGUGGUGAAAAGCUAUACUAUGAUUACAAUGGAUACGAGCAUGCGUAUCCCACUCAUCAUUUCCUCUAACCUAACCCCCAAAGUUUUGACCCGCCCAGCAUUAAGGAGGCUGGGCAAAAUAGGGCUUAUUGGCAAUAUUUCCAGAUUUGCCACCAAAUCUAAUAACUUAUACGGCUCGUUGGUACAACUGAUAGAAUCAAUCCAAUUUUCAGAAGAGAUCCUAAUGAUGGAAAUUGAUAGUGCUGGUGACUGGUAGAAGUAAUACAUUGAUUCAGUUAUGGAGCCAAGAAGGAUCUUCAUUGUUCCUGCUCUCAAGAUGCAUCUUCUCAUUCAUUUUUUUUCUACAGGUAUUCUGAUUUCUGAUGCCUUUUUGUGAGAGUAAAUAGUUGUCUUUGUGUCUCCUAUUUGUAAGAGUGCUGUAGAGAGGCUAACUGUUAAUGAUUAAAGGGACAUUUUGAAUGGAUAGAAAUUUUUUCUUCUCCUACGAAAAUUAAGUGGUUCGGCCUUUUCUUGUUCA